AUGAACGAGAACACCACGCAACCCACUGCCAAAAAACCACAACAACCAGUGGAACGGUCUUUUUAUAGUGGCAAGCUGGACGACGGAGGAAGGAGGAGCUCGAGUCCUACCACCAGACAGCCUCCCGCCGCGCAGAAGGCUUGGACCUCUGCCAAGAAUCCUAUUACGGGUAGAUCGACCCAGACUCCACAACAGAACCACGCCGACAACAUCAAGCAGUCAAAGAUAGAAUCGCUGCGUGAGGGGCAACGAGCCCGGAUUACUCUCAACUCUGGCGCUGAGUUCGAAGGCAUUUAUGCCCACAACCAGGCAGAUCCGUCCAGCUUCUUUCUGAGGAUGGUUCAGCGGCGUAAGGGCCCCGGCGACAUUUCAAACGGAUCAGCAAAAAGGGAAGAGCCCACAAUGACUUUCUCGAGAAAGGAUGUGUCUGAGGCUCGCAACACUGGUGGCAAUGUUACAAACAAAGAUGGUAAAAUGCAGAACGGAAAUCGCACCGGGUUUCGAACAGACACGGCCAUAUCCAAAAAUCGGCCUGGAGUAGAGCGUGUCCUCCAGCCCUGGGUGCCGGACAGCGGCUCCGAGAUCGAUGGCAGUCUCGAGAGGAUGUCUUUGAAUGACUCCUCGCAAGACGGAGGUAAAUGGGACCAGUUCGCGACCAAUGAGAAGAAGUUCGGUGUUAAGACAAGCUAUAAUGAAAACUUGUAUACGACGGCCAUCAACAGGAACCACCCUAACUACAAGGAGAGGGAUGCUUUUGCUAAGCGCAAGGAGCAAGAGAUCCUCGGCAGCGCGCCGACAACUUCGCACGUGGCAGAGGAGCGUGUGAUGGAUUAUUCAGGCGGCAACGAUGCCAAGGGUGACGAGGAGGAUAAGUAUGUAUCGAGUCCCUCGACAACAUCGGGGCUUUCAAUUAUAGCUAACAACUUGCUUAGGUACAGUGGAGUCCGCCGCCAGGACUUCCCCCCGCUGGGUGGAAGUCGAGAAAACAAGUACACCCCUCCUGCGAAGCGCGCACCAACUGGUGCGGGACAAGGCUCGGUUGCUGGCGCGCCCGUCGAUCCUGCCAUUAUCUCGUCGCAGCUCAAGGGUAGCCAGAAAAAGCCAACGACGCAGAAUUCGACUGAAAGCAAAGCCUCGAAGAAUGUUCAAAACAAGUCGUCCGCACCUAAAAAUGUUGAGGCCAAGACCCCUGAGCCAAAAUCCGAGCCCAAGCCGGAGCCCAAGACGGAUGCAAAGGCAGACCCCAAGGCAGCCGAGGUAAAAUCAGCCGACAAGACGACGGAUUCAAAUAAGACGGAUGAACCGAAACCCGCGACUUCUUUGCGGCCCGCUGCUGCAGCUGGCCGGGCAAUUUCCCCCCAAACGAAGCCUGGUGCGGCAGCCCCUAGUGCCACUUCCACAGUAGAGCGCGACCUUGUUCUCCAUUUCAGGCAUUUUGCGUCACGGGAACGAGAGAAGGCAAAGGAGGCACGCACAAGCAAAGUCAAGGCCGAUCAGCGCGACAAGCUGCAAGACCUCAAGAAGUUCGGGGAGAGCUUCAAGCUCUCCACUCCUGUGCCAAGCGACCUGAUCCCCAUCAUUGCCAAGGACCCGGCGAAGCAAAAGGCCAUCCAAGAGAAGGCUCUGCAGAAUGCUGAGGAGAUUGCUAAGGCCAAACUGACCAAGGAAAAGGAUGUUGAGACUCCGGCCAAACAGCCUGCCGUCAAGUCAGGCAAGGACCAGGCACAUGCCGUCAAUUCCACUGCUCCUCAAGCUACCCCAGAAGUUCGCAACGCAUCGCGAUCUGGAGCGCCCCAGCAGACCCCGGUUUCGGCUAACCAGAACCAGCGCCACCCCUCAAACCGUCCGUCUUAUACUCCGUCUGGAGGAUACAACAACUCUUAUCGUGAUGGCCGAGCGUCGCAGUAUGGACCCCAAGGCCGGCAAGCCGGAGGCAAUUUGAGCUCGCGGCUUCGCGCGGUUGAGUCCAACAGGAACCCGCAGCAGAUGGCCAUGCCACAUGCGCUCCCGAACCAACGUCCCCCUCCUACUGGACCGGCGAAUCUUGUGGGUUACAACCCUCAAUUACCGCCACUACAGAUGCACAUGGCGCACCCCAAGCUCAACCCCAACAGCCAUGAAUUCAGACCUAACGCGUUUGCACCUGCCUUCAACCCGAAUGGCGGGGGACCCAGCAAUGGGUCAAAUUCUGGCUUGGGCAUGAGCAAUAUCGAAGUGCCGCCUCAAUCGACCCUCGCGCCGGGACCGCUGGUUCGCCGCAAGACCAAAGCUGUCGACGUCAAGAAGUGCAACAUCCUGGCCCACAUCAAGACUGCGACACCCCCCGCUGGACGCAACUGGGAUGAGAACGAGGGCUUGCGCCCCGCAUAUGAUACUUUGCCCACAUGGCGGCAGCUGAAGGAUGACGAGGCACCUGACUCGACGAUGCAUAUGACAUACACUGAGUACCUCGAGAAGAUGCCUUAUGGAGGUGGUUCUAUGGCAACGCCUAAUCAGCCGCAUGCAAUGAUGGCUCAUCAGUAUCAAUUGCCGCUCCAUAUGCAGCAGGGCGCCCACAACCUUGCACCUCGGCAGUCUCCGCACAUGCCUCCCAUGCAGAUGCCUGGAGCCCAGCACGGCCACAUGCCACACGUUUCUUAUGCUGGCGGAGACGACCAUAGGAUGAUGCACUCCAACUCAGCUCAGUCUUAUGCCUCUCCUCGGAUGCCCCAGGUGCCUAUCGGAUAUCCACCAUCAAUGGGAUCCCCUGCACAGGUUCCGUACCAGCAGGGCGUGAUGCCACCCUUUAUGCCUUCAACGCCGCAGAUGAAUAACUACCGCUCUUUUUCCAACAACCCGCAGUAUAUGCCCCAGCAGAACAGUAGCCCAAUGACGGUCCCGAUGAUCCAAGGGCAGUUUCUACCCGCUCCGAACCAGAUGGUGGCCGGCGGUCCCCCGAUGAUGUACCCAGGCGGUCACCAGCAGUUCGUUCCAGGCGGCGCAGCUGCGCCCCAGCCCAUUCCUGGUGCCACUGGGGGCUACCCUAGUCCUGGGAGGCCUCAGGCUGCGAUGAUGUCUCAGCAGGGCUCCCAGCAGGGCCAGCCUAUGUAUGGUGUUAGUCCCAGCAUGCAGUUCCAGCAGCCUGUGUUUCCCUCUGGUCAUCCUGGACACAUGGGAAUGAGGGGCGGCUAUAACGGUGCAGGCCCUCAAUAUGGAUCCAGCCCACAAAUGCAUCAGCACCAGUACGGCGGUCAACACCGUAACAACAAUAACAACAACUAUGGCGGUGGGGCUAGGCAUGGUCAGCAUCAGGGUGGUCAGCAAGGUCAUCAGCUGCCAAUGAGCCAACAGGGCCGCCAGUCCGAUGCCCCUGAGGAAGGCAAAUGA